UUUAUAAUGCAGAGUAAGAGAAACUUAGCAUUUUGGCAAGAGGUAGACGACCUGCUGGAAAAAACUAUGGGACAGAGUGAAACAGCACCGAAGAACCUAACUGCAACAACGUCGCUGGAGGGCAAAGAUUCAGAUUUUGCCUGUUGUAAACAUGGCUGCUACUUCUUCUUCUUCAUAUUCUUCUCAAGAAAAGUAUGAGGUGUUUCUCGAUUUCAGAGGUGAGGAUACCCGCGAUCGUUUUAGUGGACAUCUUUAUCAUGCUCUGCGUCAGAAGCAUAUUCUUACGUACAAGGAUGAUGAAAACCUUGAAAGUGGCCAUGAAAUUUCAAAAAUUAUGGAGGCCAUUAGGGAAUCUAAGAUUUGCAUAAUAGUUUUCUCCCAAGACUUUGCAUCAUCCACAUGGUGUUUGGAUGAAGUGGUCCGCAUACUUGAUUGCAAGAGAGAUGGGAAUGAUUUCAUAAUAACCAUUGUUUAUGAAAUAGAUCCAUCCAUCGUACGCAAACAGAAUAAGAGUUAUGCAUAUGCAUUUACUAAACAUGAAGAACGUUUUAAAGCCAGUAUGGACAAGGUGCAGCGAUGGAGGGAUGCUCUCAAAGAAGUUGCUGGUCUUAGCGGUCACAAAAAUAAGGCUUGA